ACAAAAAAAAAAACCCCUCCGAAAUCCGUCCCGCAAUGGAUGCAUCGCCCCUGUCGCCGGAACAGGCUCCCAUCUUGGCCACCGGAAGGUCAUUGGACCAGCAGGUGGACGCCAGUUCGCCCAACCACUCGAACUACUCGAAUCUCACCAACAGCAGCAGCAGCGGGAGCAGUGCCAGCAGUCCCUCGGCCUGCUCCUCCUCGUCUUCCUCAUCCUCGGCGCCCCAGUACAGUGCAGAUAUCCGUGCGGCUGCACUGCAUCCACAGCAGCAUCCCCAGCAGCAGAGAGGAUCUGCCUCGGGAUCCCGCUCAGGAUCGGGUUCGGCUAAAACCUGUGAGCUUGACGUGGGCGAGGAACGAGAUACCUUCUCGCCGAUCUCCAGUCCGGAUUGCAACGGUGCGGCCGCCGUGGAUGUCCUGCCCUCCUCCAGUGGCUCUGUGGACAACAAGAUCUACGAGGGAGGCAGCAAGGUGAAGCCACCUUCUAAGGAGGAGAAGCAGCGACAGAACGAGGAGAUUGUCUGCAUGGAGACCUCGACGGUGUCCACGGAAACUGGCUCCUGGGAGUCCAUGUAUCCCGCAGCGAACGUUGCUCCGUCAGAGGAACCCGAGGAAACAGAGGAAACCCCUUCGGUUUUCAAGGGCAUCAGUGCCAGCUCCUUGCUGCGGGAUCUGGAGAAGCGGGAUCAGCCGUUGUCCACCUCGGGAACGAGUGCCUGCUUCAUAGACGCCUCUUCGCUGAGGGAUGAGGAUGAGGUGCUGUCCUUUCCCAGCCUAGAUGGUCACGCUCAGGAGGAGGAAGUUGGUCAGGAGGUAAACGGCGGAGAAGAAGAGGAGGAGGCCGAACCCUCGCCCACACAGCAGCUGGAGCAGUUUCACAAGUCCUUUGCCCGGUGCAAAGGUGUGAGAUCAAUGCAACAGCAGCAGGAGCAGCAAGAUCUCCCGGAUGAGCCCGAGGUGGAGGUGGAUCGACCUGCUGCCAUGUCGGUGCCCUACAGCUUCCAGCACAAUGCCCAGCACUUUAGUGUGCAUCCCCUGGGCAGCAGUCCCAAGUUCAGCCACCACCAACAGCAGCAGCAUCAUCAUCCCGAUCUCAGCUACACCACGGACUACUCCUCCAGCAGUCCGGCUCCGAGUUUGGUGUGGUCAGAGCAGGGCAGGACUCACCAACAGGGUGGGGGAGCCUCCUCCUCCACGCCCCACAACUCGAUGGUGCACAUUGAACCCGCGUCGGCGGGCAGCAACAACUCCUCCAUUCACAGGGAUUACACGCUAUCCUCCUCACUCUCGCAUCACCGGGACUCGGGUGCCUACUGCAGUGAUGCCACGGAUUCGCCGCUUCCACUGCCGCGCACUCCAAAGAGAAGCUCCAAGUUCGAUGAGGCCAAUCCUAUUGUUUCGGGCGGAGCAUCUAUCGAGGAUUUCCGGGAGAAACAGUGCGAGAGUCCCAGCAUCAAGAGACGCACAGACACCUGCCCGAUUGUCUCGGGGGGUUUCGUGUCCCUGGACUUUGCGCCCACUCGCCCGCUGGCGGAUGAGGAUGACGAGGAGGACCUCAACGAAGAUGCAGAGAUAGCCGGCGUGGAGAUGCGAGUCAAGUCAGGACUGCUGCAGAGGAAGCCCGUGGCGGGCAUCGCCUCCUGGGUGGUGGACAUGAGUGACUGCCGGCCGGAGAGGAGGAGGAGCACCAGCAGUACCACUUCCAGCUUCCGCGAGCGCUCUGAUUCGAACAGUUCGCACAAGAGCGGGUGUGGUUUCUAUGUUUCAUUGGAUGACAUGGACAGGAAGCCGCCCCAGGAGCAGACAAAGCCCACUGCUGCUCCAGUGGCUCCUCCAUCGCAGCUAAGCAAAUCAUACACGGCACCCAAGUCAGCUGGAUUCUUUGUAGAUCUUUCCCAGAGCGGUAAGGAUGAAGAGCCGGCGCCCAAGGAUCAGGAGUUGGCUGAGGCCAAGGAGGAAGCCAAGCCGGAACCCAAAAAUAUAUUCUCUAUGUUCAUUGAUUUUGGGGAGCAAAAGACCCCACGUUCAAAUGGCCGAAAGGAACCUUUGAGUCUGGCCCAGAGGCUGUCCAGCUCUCUGAGUUCCUCGGCUUCAAGAAGAGGAGUAGGCGACACCGAGGUGAUGAAAUCCAGCGCCAGUUCCACGGAGACCCUGAUGGCCAAAAGCGUGAACCAAAAGGAUAUGUCAGCGGGAUCUGGGGAGAGUAAGUCCCUGGAUUACAGAUGCAAUUUAGAGCCUCCUUUAACGGUGGCUGCACUACGUCGUCUUUCGCAGCAGCAUCGCCAGCAGAGCGAUCCCGCCAAGCGUCACAGCUGGGGCAGCAAUGGCCAGCCGGAGCAGGCAUCCGGAUCGGGAGUGGGAACGGUGGGCAACGAUUGCAAGCGUUCCAUCAGCCUGACUGCCAAUGGGGCCACGGAUUCGGCGGGAGCGGGUCUAAUGAGCAUCAUUGACAAGCUGCCCAUAAUAUCCAAGGCCUCCUCGCUCUCCAUCGAUAGUUCUGUCUCGCCCUACGACGACUUCAGUGGCUCCAAUCCUGGCCUGAGCAGCUGUUCGGAGGAGGAGCAGCAGGGUCUGGCCCAGGGAAGGAUCAAGAAGAGGCGAAGGGAUGCUCAGUUGAAUGAGACCUAUGACAAAUCCAGCUUGGCCUCGGUCACGGAGGGCAUCCUCUCCAAGGACUUGUCGCCCGCUUCCAAUACCGAUACGGAUGAUCUCACCUUCCAGCAGGACGAACAGCUGGCCAAGGAGCAGGCGGAACUGAUUGCUGCAGUGCCCCUGCAGCUGAGCACCAGUUCCAACCGAACUAGCAGCGUAAUGGAGACCAUCAUCGAGGCCAAGGAGACGGCCUCACCGAAGAAACAGGUUACCUUGAACAAUGGACACACCAUGGAAUCCCUACACGCCACCAUUGAAAAGCAAAAGCAACUGCUGGAGACGGUCAACGAGCACGGGGAACAGACGACGCAGCAGCCCUCCCAAAUCCCCUCGAGCUUCGUUAAGCUCUCCGACAUGGAUAAGCCUGUGAAGCACGAUCUGCAGUCACCGGAUUCGAUGAGCAAGAGCGUGGGCAACAACCACAGGAGCUCCCAGCUGGGUCAGCGACUGUACAGGGACGAGAACCGGGCGCGUCCGCACUCCUGGGCCAUGACCCGAUCCACGGGAAAUACUCUGCAGAACUUCACCAACUCGGUGGACAACAUAAGAAGUCUGUCCCGGCUGUUUCCCAACUUCUCCAAGGAGUUCUCCAACUCGCUGCCCAAUGGGAUGACCCUGGAGCAGGUUCAGAGCCAGCAGGUGGACUAUAUCCAAACGGAUCUCAGUGCGGACUCUAGUCUGGCCUCCAGCUUCAGCAGAUCGGGCAUGGAUGAAUCCUCGCUGAGCUGCAGGCAGCCCAGACGAUUGGGUGAGGAUUUGCUCAAGAUGUUCCUGCAGGAGAUUGCCACCGACAUGCUGGUGGAGGUGCACGGUCGUCGCAUCCGCGCCCACAAGUGCAUCCUGCGCUCGCGCUGUCAGUACUUUGCUGCCAUGCUGGCGGGUCAUGGGUCACAGAGUGUGGUCUCCCUGCAGGGCUACUCCUACGCAGCCGUGCAUUUUGCUCUCUGUCACAUCUAUUCGGGUGCCUCGCAUCCACCGGAUGGCAUUAGUCUGAUGGAACUGGCCGCUCUGGCGGAUCUGCUGGGACUGGAGGGUCUGAAGGAGGUCACCUCGCAUGCUCUGAAGACGAACUACUGCCACAACUUCCAUAAGCCGUGCUCUGGAUGCACCGAUGGCAUCCUGCAGGUGCUGCCCGUGGCCCUGAACCAUGCGCUGGAUGAUCUGUACAGGAAGUGCCUGCGCUGGACGUGCCGCCACUACCUGAAGGUGUGGCCCACCAGGCAGUUUGCUCAGUUGCCCCCGGAUAUACUGGGCCGAUGUCGCCAGCAGAUUGUGGCUUAUUUGACCUCGGAGACGGUGCUGGACACGGUGCUCGACUGCGACCACCUGUUGGCGCAACUGUCUGCCUAUCGCUGGGGCCACGUCUGCGAGCAGCUGGUGCGCGAGAUCCUGGAGGCAGCCUACGCCUAUGUGGGAGAUCACUUUGCCAGUUUGAUUGCCAGCGAUUCCUUCCUUUCGCUGGGCCACGACCGCAGCAGGCACAUCCCGCGCCUGGAGACGCUGCUCUUGCACACGGCUGCUGAACUGACGCCGGAGCAGGCCUGUCGCAGCUACCAGCGGGUAACCCGAUUGAACACCGUGCUGCAGGCAAAGGUCAUCCAUAUGCCGGCCAGCCUGGGCCAAUCGGAGCUAGCUAGGGAGCUGCAGGGUCUGCAGGAGGAGCAAUUGGACUGGCAGCCGGAGUACAUUCGACUGGUGGGAGCCCUCGUCUAUGCCGUCGAGCAGUGCCUCAUACGGCAGUGCUCACGGGCCAUGCGCGUCACCGCCUGGCAACGCAUGGAUCUGGAGCUGCGCAAGAAGAUUCAAACGCUGGCCCGUCUCACCGAACCGCUGGAUAUGAAGCGCCAGAAUGGCAAGCCGGUGAGCAAGGCCUUCUCCUUUGGCGGCAGCACACGCAGCCAGGAUCUCGUGCAGAUCAAGUUGGCCAUCCAGGCGCAGACAAAGCGAGCCCAUGCCCAGGAGACCCUGUUGUACAAGGCCACCCAGACGCAGGACGCCACUGGUGGAGUGGGUCAUGUGCAGACAGCCGAGAGGGGAGUCCAGGCCAAUCAUGAGUCCCGGGAGGGAGGCAGCAAACUGCUCAAGAGCAACUCCCGUGCAUACGUUCCACAUCGUGCCAGCUCCCAGGUGGCUUCGGAGCGCAACAGCUUGAAUCUCCAUCGACGCACACAGUCGGAAGCUCCGCCGGUGACACACAAGAAACCGGCUGCAGCAGCACAGGCUGCUUUCUCAGUGGAACCCAAGACUGCCCAAGGAAAGCCUGCCGCGGUGACGGCCAAACUGGGCGAAGUGCGUCCUCGCUACCUGGAACCACGCAAGCCACGGGCUGCGGCUCCAUCCGCCACAAACGGCCAUGGUGGUGGACCCGUGCGCAGUGCCACUAGCUCGAGCAUCCCCGCCAAUGUAGGCAGGAAGGCGCCGGCCAAAAACCUGCACAUCUCUUCCAGCGACAGCUCACGGAACUCGAGUCCGGCGGCGCGCAGAGUGCAGAAUGGCACGCGGCUGGGCAACAAGUCGAGCAAUCUGUCCAUGGACAGCCUGGCAUCGCCGGCUCGUAGGGCUAAGAGCAGCUCUCGCGGACCACAGGACCGAUACUCCUCCGACCAGAACUCGCUGGCGGAGAGCAUGAAGAGCUCUGUGAUCACAAACAAAACGAUCUCACACGAGUCGCUCUCGGGCAGCUCGAAACUGGCCAGAAUCCAGCAGCUUAACGGCCAUGGCAAAGGAACUUCACCCGGAAAGGUCAAGGCAACGCAGCGGGGCUCCACUGUGGGCAACAAGUCGACGCGCCAACUGAAGCAACAGCACAAUGCGAUGGCCUCCAACGGAUCCAGUCCCAGUUCGGUGCACACAACCAAGUCGGCAGCCAGUCGCCUGUCUUCCGUGAGCAGCACACUUUCCACGCGGGAGCUGUUUAAGCAGCGCUCCAUUUCAGUGCCAGCAGGUGGGACAGAUGGAGCGCCAAAUAAGGGACGCCACAGCUUCCUUUCGGCCAAAUCCCGAGAGAUUCUGGCCAAGCGGGCGGAGAAGAACAAGCUGCAGCAGCAGCAACAACAGCAGCAGAAGCAAACCGAAGCUCCGGUCGAGGAGCGUGGAUCGGUCCAACUGCGUUCCUCCGCCGGCCCCCUGCGCUCCUCCUCACAUUCCGCGGUGUCCAGCAUGCUGCAGCAGCACAAUCUGCGCAACAGCCUGCCCUCCAGCAUUCCCACCCGACGCCCCAACACGCUGCAUCUGAAGAAAACCACUGCGUUGACCAAUGGAGUGGGUGGCCCCACUAAAACGGCCACCAAUGGCCUGUCGAAUGGAAGCUACAAGUCGGCCCAGGCGGUCAAACAGAAGCUGGACCUGCUCAUCGAUGCCCAGCUGGAGAGUGGGCUGCCCAGGGAGCGUGUGGAGUCCAAACUAGAGCGAUCCAGCACCUUUUGCAAGGACAGCGCCGAUCUGGACAUAAGCGAAUUGCAGAUUGUGGAGUAAACAAGUGAAGAAGCAGGAGCAGCAGCAUCAACAUGCGGUCGUAUCAAAUACGGCCCUCGAGCGUAUGCCAACCCGAAUCCAGAACCGUACACGUCCCAUAAGGCAACACUAGUCAAUAAUCUAGCAUGCAGCUGCCGUUGCAGUUGGCGCAUGAAACCAUUAUACAAUAACGAUAAUAACGAGAUGAUGUUACUACCAGCAGACAAC